AUGUCAGAAGAUGACACUAACACGGAAGAAUACCCCACUGAGAUUCACGAUUAUCUCGCAGCCUUUGAAAAAUCUCUUGGCUCUGUAGAUGAGAUGCUGAAGACAAUGAUGUCAGUUCCCAGGAGUGAGCUUCUCCAAAAGUUAGACCCUCUUGAGCAAGCAAAGCUGGAUUUGGUUUCGGUGUACACACUGAAUUCAAUGUUCUGGGUAUACUUGGUUACUCAGGGAAUCAAUCCAAAAGAACAUCCAGUGAAACAGGAACUGGAGAGAAUAAGAACCUACAUGAACAAGGUCAAAGAAAUAGCAGACAAGAAAAAGGCAUCCAAACUCAAUAAAGGAGCUGCCUCGAGAUUUGUAAGAAAUGCACUCUGGGAACCAAGUGCUGAAAAGGAACAUACCUCCAAAACCCCUGCCAAAGGGAAGAAGAGAAAGAUGGACUGA